AUGUCUCCCGGUGUCCGGCUCCGGAGUCGGCCGACCCAGGUGACGCUGAACCAGACGAAGACCAGGACGAGGCGGAAAAAGCGGAAGGAGUUGCUCCUGAUCCAGCUCUGUUUGUUCGGCGGGUUGCUGCUGGCCGUGAAGGGCUUUUCCUACCUAGCGGAGAAUUCAGGUUAUGACAUCUCCACUCAAAGCCCUCUGGAGCAGGAGAGAUGGGGAGGGAGGAGGCUACUGCAGGAGAUGGACAACAGCAGUUUGGAGGACGGGGAGGGCGAGGAGUCCAAGAACUGCACUGCUCCAGCCCUGCAUGAGUUUCCGACCGACCUGUUCACACACAGAGAGAGAACGGAGGGAGCGGUGGCUCUGCAUGUCCUAUGUACCAUUUACAUGUUCUGCUCCCUUGCCCUCAUUUGUGACGACUACUUUGUGCCAUCCCUGGAGAAGAUAUGCGAGCAUCUCCAUCUCAGCGAGGAUGUAGCUGGCGCCACCUUCAUGGCCGCGGGCAGCUCUGCCCCUGAGCUCUUCACCUCAGUCAUAGGGGUGUUCGUCACCAAAGGCGACGUGGGAGUGGGAACCAUCGUGGGCUCGGCUGUCUUCAACAUCCUCUGCAUUAUCGGCGUGUGCGGAUUCUUCGCUGGCCAGGCAGUGAGGCUCUCUCAUUGGACGCUGCUCCGAGAUUCCAUUUAUUACACCUUCUCUAUUGUGGCUCUCAUUGUGUUCAUCUACGACGAGAAGGUGACCUGGUGGGAGUCUCUUGUCCUGAUCCUCAUGUAUACAGUCUACAUUGUCAUGAUGAAGUUUAAUGCCAGGGCGCAGCGCUACUUUGACCGUCGGAAGAAGAGCUCGGGGAAUCUGGCCAAUGGGAUGACCGGGAGCACCGACCUGGACGACAACGUCACAUGUGAAGCCACCGCGGUCCUGCUCAAGACAGCUAACUUCCACUGCAAGCCGUCCGUGCUGAUGGUGGAUGAGAUGCUGUCAGCGUACCCCCACCAGCUGUCCUUCUCCGAGGCCGGCAUGAGGAUCAUGAUCACCAAUCACUUCUCCCCCAGGACCCGCCUCACCAUGGCCUCGCGCAUGCUUAUUAAUGAGAGGCAAAGAUUAAUUAACACCACGGAGACCCGAGUCAACCGUGUAACCAAUGGGGAGUCCGACUCUGCGGCCAGGCUUCAGGAGAGGCGGCCCUUGGAAAACGGGAUGGGCGGGACCGAGAGAGGCCUGAACGGGAGGUGUAGAGUACCCGGGGCCGAAGCCGGGAACGAGACGGAGAACGAGAACGAGGACAACGAGAACAACGACGAGGAGGGAGAGGGCGAGGACAGCAACGAAGGGCCCCUGGUGCCGUUCAGACCUCCAGCGGGAGUGUGCAACAAGGUGAAGUGGCUGUUCAUGUGGCCGCUGUGCUUCCUCUUGUUCUUCACCGUGCCCAACUGUGCCAAGCGACGCUGGGAGAAGUGGUUCUUGGUCUCCUUCUUCACCGCCACCAUCUGGAUCGCCGCUCUCUCCUACGUCAUGGUCUGGAUGGUAACACUUAUUGGGUUCACCCUUGGCAUUCCUGAUGUUAUCAUGGGCAUCACAUUCCUGGCAGCGGGCACCAGCGUCCCUGACUGCAUGGCCAGUCUUAUUGUCGCACGGCAAGGUCUAGGAGACAUGGCCAUCUCCAACUCCAUAGGCAGUAAUGUGUUUGACAUCCUAGUGGGGCUGGGCCUGCCCUGGACCCUGCAGACCUUGUGCAUCGACUAUGGCUCCAGCGUUCAUAUCAACAGCAAGGGGCUCAUAUUCUCUGUUGGUUUGCUGCUGGCCUCAGUGUUCCUCACAGUUCUCGGCGUCCACUUAAACAAAUGGACCCUUGACAAGCGACUGGGGCUCGCCUGCCUGCUCAUUUACGCCAUUUUCCUCUGCUUCUCUAUCCUCAUCGAGUUCAACGUGUUCAUCUUCGUCAACCUUCCCAUGUGCCGCGACAUCCAGUGA